AUGGAUGUUUUCCUUAGACCGUUGGUGGAAGAGCUUAAACAUUUGUGGAACUCAGGCGUACGUAUUAAAGAUGCGGCGACAAACACAUUCUUCACGAUGAGAGCUAUGUUGUUGUGGACAAUAAACGAUUGGCCAGCUCGUAGUAGUUUAUCGGGUUGGAGUGGGCAAGGGUAUAGAGCAUGUGCUACUUGCAAUGAAGACACUCCUUCGUACCGUGCAACAAACAAAGUCGUAUAUAUCGGUCAUCGUCGUUUCCUAGAUGCUAAUGAUCCGUUAAGAAAGAGGUUGGACUUUAAUGGGAUGGAAGAGACAAGACCCACUCCGAGACACUUUAAUAAUGAUGACAUACAAGAGCAACUAGGUCGUCUACUAACUCGUAAACCGGGUAAACAUCCUGAGCAUGGAGGCGGGGAGCCAAAGCGGCAAGAUUAUGAGUUGAACUGGUCGAAACGAAGCAUUUUCUUCGAACUCGAGUAUUGGUCUUCUCUACAGUUGAAACACAACAUAGAUGUCAUGCAUGUCCAGAAAAAUGUGGACGAGAGUUUGUUAGGUACUCUCCUAAUGAACGAUAAAAGCAAAGACACAUCAAAUGCACGAGAGGACUUGAGAAUUCUAAGCAUUCGGAGAAAUGAAUGGUUGCAAAAAAAUGGUGAAAAGUUUCAUAGACCCCAGGCAAGAUACUCUUUCACAAAAUCUAGUCGACAACUCUUUUGUCAAUUUAUAAAAGAGGUUAAGCUGCCGGAUGGGUUUGGUUCUAACAUUAGUAAGAAAGUGAACGAUAUCAAUACUAACAUUAUUGGGUUGAAAUCGCAUGACCACCACAUUCUUAUUCAACGUUUGAUACCGAUUGGAGUAAGAGGGUUGUUAGACAAAGAUACUUAUACACCUAUUGUAGACCUUUGUACGUUUUUCAAGCAACUUUGUUCUAGAACAUUGAAGGUGGAGGAUAUGAGGAAAGCAAAAGUAGACAUUAUUGCAAUCUUGUGCAAGUUAGAAUUGAUUUAUCCUCCGGCGUUUUUUGACAUUAUGGUUCAUUUACUUUUGCAUUUACCUGAUGAAGCAAUUGCUGGAGGCCCGGUUUGUAUGAGAUGGAUGUUUCCAUUCGAGAGAUAUAUGAAAAAACUAAAAAACUAUGGCAGAAACAAGGCGAAGCCAGAAGGUUCUAUAGCUGAGGGUUAUGUUGCUGAAGAAGCUUUAUCAUUUUGUUCAAUGUACCUUCGAGAUGUAAAGAAUCGUCCGGAAAGAAAUGUAGAUGUUGUCAUUGAAAAAACAAAGUUUUGGAUGAAAUUCAAAUCUGAGCAUCCCCAAAGUGAUGAAAAGAGAGAAUUUCAAAAAUCUCCAGAAUUCCACGAAGAGUUGUCGGUUCUUGCAAUGGGCCCGCAAAUGAAUGCCUAUUCUUACACCGCAUGCAUAGUCAAUGGUGUUAGGUUUAUGGUACUUAGUCGUGACACACAACGUACAACACAAAACUCUGGGGUUUUAGCGGUGGGUGAGAAAGGCGAGAAGUAUUAUGGCCAGUUAGAAGAGAUUAUAGAGUUGAGGUAUACACAUGAUUAUUCAACUGUACUAUUUCGUUGCAAGUGGUUUGAUACUCGAACAGGAGUUAUUUCUAGUGAUAGUUUCACCAGUAUCGACACACGACGCGAAGCAUACAAAGAUGAUCAACUCAUAUAUGCGUCACAAGCCAAACAAGUGUUCUACAUCAGAGAGCCAAACAAUAACCAUCGGUGUGUUGUCGAGCAUGUUAAUCAUCGAAGUAUUUGGGAUCUACCAUCGAACGAUGACCUUGUUCAAAAUGUUGACAAUGUCUCACACGAAAAUGUAGACGAUGUCGAUGUACUUCAAAAUAUCUCUUCAUCCGAUGCUCCACUUUUUAUCGAUUUCAGCAUGUACUUUCAAAACAUUCCUAGAGUCAUUGUUGAUGUAGAAAGUGCAUCUGAAGUUCCUCCGCCAACUGGUAGAGUCAAUGAUGUUUCUGAUUGCGAUACUGAUUACGAUGACACCGAUUCUGACUAUGAUACCGAAGAAGACACUGAAGGAUAUGAGGAAGAUUCUGAUUAG